AAUCUUGGCUGCGGCAGACGUGCUUCACUGGCCGGCGCGUCCAGUGUGUCGCCUCCCGCUCUCCUCCCGCUCCUACCUCUGGCUCCCUCUCCUCUCGGGGGCCGUGCCUGCCGUCCUCCCGCAGUGCCGCCUCCUCCAGACUCACGGCAGAGGCAUGCAGGCUUCAGUUCCCGUGCUGCGGUUCUGACACUCGCUGAGUAACGGUGCGUUGUUGAGCCCAGCAGAACGGAGGGCGGCAGGCUCUCCUCGUCCCUGGCCUUGACAGGUCAGUCCAUCCCCGGCGCCACACGUCCUGCAGCAAGCAAUAACUCGUGCUCCUGCUUGGUGUUUACAAAGUGUGGCGCCUCAAGCUUUGAAACCUCAGAUGUCCAAGACCAAGAUCAACACUGGCGCCCCCGAGACCGGAAUCGGUCUCCAAACGAAUUUCCUUGGGCAGGCGAGGAGCAGUGGCGGGAGGACAGUCUCUGACCCAGCGCCGGCGAUGUGAAGAUGAAGGUGGCUCCUGCCCCGGCCGGGGGUCUGCGCCCCCAGCCUUCGCCGGACCCGCCCACGGUGUCAGGGGACGCGGCAGGGGCAGGAGCGCCGCCCCCAUCCAGCACCACCGCCAACGCGGACGCCAACUCCAACAGUGGCGGCGGCCGUGAGGGCGGCGGGCGGUGGGCGGCGGCCGUGCUGCUGCUGACACACGUGGUGGAGCUCGCCGCCAUGGUGGCCGCCACUCUGGUACACGCCCUGCCCCUCCCCCCCUCCCCCGAGGCCCAGGCCAGGCUGCAAGGAGCACCGCACGCUCCUGCGGACACUCAGCACGCCGCGGACACGCAGCAAGCCUCCACACUAGCUCACGAACACCGACCCGGCGUGUGGGGAUCCUCCGCCAUUUUUCUGCAGGUGGGCGUGGGCGGGGCUCCGCUGCUGUUGGUCACCACCAUCUCGCUGGUGUGGGCGGUGCGAGCACAGGACUUCUCCGGGCGAGCCACGGCAAGACUCCUAUGCUGGCUGUUGCACCUCCUGCAGGCGUCUAUCCUGUGGCGCUUCCUCAAGGUUCAUCUCGCAUUCGAUCCGAGCGACGUGGCGGAGCUGGGCACGCUUCGCUUCGUGCAAGUCCACGUGCACACCUUGCCCUUCCUCGUGGUGCACGUGGCCAUCGUGGUGGGCGGCGGCUGUGGCCCCGGCAUCGUGAGCGUGCUGGUGGCCGCGGCCAUGGUGGUGUCGGCGGUGGUAACAAUCAUCGUGGCCACCACAGCCAGCCCCAGCUCCCGCCCCUCCUCCCUCACCCCGCCCACCAUCACCCAAGUCGCCCACAACCCCGUGCACGGCUCCGAGCACAGCCACGACGCCGCGGCGCGAGUGGUGGUGGCCGUCACCACCUCCUGCGUGGUGUGGACGCGCGCAGUGGCCUUGGCGGCACUGCUCUGCCUUCAUCUGACGUGGGCGGGGGUGCUGGUGGGCGUGCACUGGCUGGCCGCCCUCGUGUGGCUCAGUCUGCAGAAGGAGUUGGAACCCACGACUCUCGGCCCCUUACGCAAAGCUCUUCGACGUGCUUUCCUCGCCUACCUCCUGCUGUGGGACUGGCACGUGUUCCGCGACGACGCCUCGGCCUUCACAGUGUGUGCGCGGCCGCGCCUCCCCGCCGCCUACUACACCAUCACCGCCAUCCAGAAUGUGGCCAUCACCGCCACGUGGUACACCACCGGGAAGGGCACGCCCCCUGUGGUGCGCACCGCCAUCUUUUCCUCCCUGCUGGCGGCUCAGGCUGUGGCACUGCUACUCCUGGCGCUCUCCUACCUCUACUGCUCCUCGCUGCUGCCCUCGUGGCCCCGCGACAAAGCUGGCGGGCCCGCCUCAGCCGUAUCACUAGUCACUGCCCCCACCAAGCCCGCUGCUCCCGCCUCCUCCGAGGCUCCGCACCACAACAACUCUUACAUCGACUUUAAGGACGUGGAGGAAGGCGUUGCCGCCGCGCCCGAUGAUCACUUGGACGAGGGCGUCGCUGACGGCCAGGCGGGAGUGACGCCCUUCAAGAACUUGCCACCCAUGGCUCACUCCACGCCUCGCACGCCCCUGCCUCUAGAGCCGCGGCUCAUGGCCACACACCUCCCACCGACAAUGUUCAGUUUCUCCCAUGACAUCUUGCCUCCACGACACGCCAAGUCCGAGCGCUCCUCCACCGACAAUGGCUCGUUCAACUCCCGAAACACCAACACGCUCCCCGCGCAGCUGCCGCCAGAGUACGACGUGUUGCACAGGACCCACGGCUCCUUUUCGGACAGCUUUAGCUCGCUCUCUUGCGGCACCAUCCAGCGCCCCAUCGCGGGCCGCGCCGGACCGCCCACCGAUCCCCGUGGUGCCCUCACCCCACCGCCAGCUACCAGGGUGGCGCCGCCCUCUCACUCCUCCUGCAGGAAUGGCUUCUGUCACUGUAAGCUGUUUGACGGAAUCGAAGGCCAUUGUGAUGUUGAAGAGCAGAACGAGGAGGAAGAGGAGGCGAAGGAAGAGGCGCCGCCUUCAACAGGUGUGGAGAAAACUCCACUGAAUGAAGAGGCCGUGCAGCAGGACGCGGGCGAGCCCUCGCUGGCCGUGCAGGUGACGAACGGAGCCACCGCCGCUGCCACCCUCAAAGUGCUUCACGAGGGCGCCCAUGCGGCCAGCGACCCCACGCCGCGAGUCGCGGUGGUGCGGGGCGUACAAAGGUUCCGCGUGGUGUGCGCAGCCUGCCUGCACGCCCACGACCCUCUCCUGACUCAGUGCCACGCCCUUGCCGUGCGUACGGAGGCUCUUUCACUCCGGACUCCUGGUCGGCUGGAGUCUUCGGAAGUGAUGUUGAGCCCAGACCACCACAGAGGCCCCUCGGUGCUGGGCUCCGUGGCGGGCGUGGUGCUCAGUCGCUCCUGCGUGGGCCUAGGCGGGGGCUCCAGCACUGACUACCCCUCCGACACCGAAGUCACGGCUACGGCGGACACGCUGAGCUCCGCAUCGGCUGAGUCCCACUCCACAUACACUACGUGGCCGGUGGGUCGAGGCCCAGGCAUGGCACGCCUGCUGCAGCUGCACCCCGGCUCGCAUGAUUAUGUGACAGCAUGGCUGAGGCACCAGCAGGCGCGUGGCCCUCGCAUGCCGCCGCCUCCCCCGCAGCAGGCGCCUCAAGAAUCCUCCCACUCGACCAGCCCAGAACCGCUGUCCCGCCGCUACCGUCGGCCUCGUCGCCGCCUCCCCCGACACAAGGACCCGCCGCCGCCGCACCUCCUGCAAGAUCUGGAGACUGUCGUGUAAGGCUUGCUCGCACGCACGCAGGAUCCGCGGGACUCAGGCGUCACCGUGGUGGGCUGAGUAGUGCUAUUACCUGAGGGUCGCGUGUGCUCCACCGGGUGACGCCUCACAUGGCUAAGGGAAGGGAGCGGUGUGCGGCAGCCAUGUCAACCUCGCCACAUUACAUUCUCAGGGUGCGGACGGGUGGGGGCCCGGCGGCUCCGCUGCUCACGGGUCAAGGCCUGCCGCUGCCACCAGCGCGCCGGGCGGUGAGCGGACGGUCGGGUCGAGUCCCUGUCUAGAGUUAGUCAUGUAACACGCCUCGGCGAUGCGCCCGGGAAACACUGUACGCUAGACAUUACUUUUUAUACUCUAUUUUAAGAUAAAAUGUUUUCAUAUAUAUA